UCUAGAGAACCAGUUGCCAAGGCCAAGUCGGCCGUGGAGAAGCUCCUUGCUGGCCACAUCGCCGCCGACGGCAAUGGCCCGAUCACAGACCCGUUCUACUUCAGACCUUCGUCAAAGAGCGUUCUGGAGAAUCUCGGAGCCGCACAUGGUGUUUCCAUACACCAGGAUCUACGUCGAUCGGUUCUUCGACUAUACGGAGACCACACGGGUAUUGAACAAGUCGAACGCGCUCUGGUGGCGAAAUGUGCAGAACUGAAGGAACAAUCCCAAGCCAUCAUUCUUGAUCCCGGGGCUCUAGCUUCUGCCCUCAAAGGGGGAUUUCGGCAAAUUGUCGCCGCUCUUGGAAAGGACAAAGUGAAGCUAGAUAUCAUCAGCAACCCG